CAGCCUGCUGGGGCCGGGCUGCGCGCGGGGCCGGCGCCCAUGGUGGGUAGUGGCCUGGGGGGGAGGUAGAACCGUUGGUUGCCGGGUCCAUUCAUCGCCGCCGCGUCCCCGGCCGGGCGCCCCGCCGCCAUGGAGGCGCUGAUCCCGGUGAUCAACAAGCUGCAGGACGUGUUCAACGCCGUGGGGGCCGACAUCAUCCAGCUGCCGCAGAUCGUGGUGGUGGGGACGCAGAGCAGUGGCAAGAGUUCAGUGCUGGAAAGUCUUGUGGGGAGGGAUCUGCUCCCAAGAGGUACUGGAAUUAUCACCCGGAGACCCCUUAUUCUGCAGCUGGUGCAUGUUUCACCAGAGGAUCGUCGGAAAACAUCUGGAGAUGAAAAUGACCCUGCUACAUGGAAAAAUCCAAGACACCUUACUAAAGGGAUUGAUGCUGAAGAAUGGGGUAAAUUCCUUCACACCAAAAAUAAGCUCUAUACAGACUUUGAUGAAAUUCGACAAGAAAUAGAAAAUGAAACAGAGAGGAUUUCAGGAAAUAAUAAGGGGAUCAGUCCUGAACCUAUUCACCUUAAAAUUUUUUCACCGAAUGUUGUCAAUCUGACUCUUGUGGAUUUGCCAGGAAUGACAAAGGUACCUGUGGGUGAUCAGCCUAAGGACAUUGAACUUCAAAUCAGAGAACUAAUCCUUCGAUUCAUUAGUAACCCAAAUUCAAUUAUUCUGGCAGUCACAGCUGCCAACACAGACAUGGCUACAUCAGAGGCACUUAAAAUUGCACGGGAGGUAGAUCCAGAUGGUCGCAGAACACUUGCUGUUAUCACAAAGCUGGAUCUCAUGGAUGCUGGCACUGAUGCUAUGGAUGUACUUAUGGGAAGAGUGAUUCCAGUUAAACUUGGCAUAAUUGGGAUAGUGAACAGGAGUCAAUUAGAUAUUAACAAUAAGAAGAAUGUAGCUGAUUCUAUCCGUGAUGAAUAUGCUUUUCUUCAAAAGAAGUAUCCAUCUCUAGCCAACCGAAAUGGAACCAAGUAUCUUGCUAGGACACUUAACAGGUUACUAAUGCAUCAUAUCAGAGAUUGCUUGCCAGAACUGAAAACUAGAAUAAAUGUUUUAGCUGCUCAGUAUCAGUCUCUGCUGAACAGCUAUGGGGAACCCGUAGAGGACAAGAGUGCCACUUUGUUGCAGCUGAUUACCAAGUUUGCCACUGAAUAUUGCAACACCAUUGAAGGAACAGCAAAAUAUAUAGAAACUUCUGAGCUAUGUGGUGGAGCUAGAAUUUGCUACAUUUUUCAUGAGACAUUUGGACGAACCUUAGAAUCUGUUGAUCCACUAGGUGGCCUUAACACUAUAGAUAUUUUGACUGCUAUUAGAAAUGCUACAGGACCCCGACCUGCCUUGUUCGUGCCUGAAGUUUCAUUUGAAUUGUUGGUGAAGAGGCAAAUCAAACGUUUAGAGGAGCCCAGCUUGCGCUGUGUGGAGCUGGUUCAUGAGGAAAUGCAGAGGAUUAUCCAACAUUGUAGCAAUUACAGUACACAGGAAUUGCUGAGGUUUCCCAAACUACAUGAUGCCAUAGUUGAAGUAGUGACCAGUCUUCUGCGUAAGAGGCUACCAGUUACAAAUGAAAUGGUCCAUAAUUUGGUGGCCAUUGAGUUAGCUUAUAUCAACACGAAACACCCAGACUUUGCUGAUGCUUGUGGGCUAAUAAACAAUAACAUAGAGGAGCAAAGGCGUAACAGGUUAGCCCGAGAAUUGCCUUCUGCUAUGCCACGAGACAAGUCUACUAAACCUCCAGGUGCAUUGACAUCUGCCUCCCAGGAGACCUCUACUGCUGUUUCUGCUGAGGCUGAUGGCAAGGCUGCUCCUGGGGUGGGAGAUGUGACACAAGAACCUGGAACAGGCAACUGGAGAGGAAUGCUGAAACCCUCAAAAGCUGAAGAGCUAUUAAUGGAAGAAAAAUCUAAACCACUUACAGUCCUACCUGCCAGCCCUCAAAAAGGCCAUGCUGUAAACCUGUUGGAUGUGCCUGUACCUGUUGCACGCAGACUCUCUUCCCGUGAGCAACGAGACUGCGAAGUGAUUGAACGACUUAUCAAAUCCUACUUCCUUAUUGUCAGGAAGAACAUUCAGGACAGUGUGCCAAAGGCGGUGAUGCAUUUUCUGGUGAAUCAUGUGAAAGACACUCUUCAGAGCGAGCUAGUUGGACAGCUGUACAAAUCCUUGUUGUUAGAUGACCUUCUGACGGAAUCUGAGGACAUGGCACAGCGCAGAAAGGAGGCAGCUGACAUGUUAAAGGCAUUGCAGCGAGCCAGUCAGAUUAUUGCUGAGAUUCGAGAGACACAUCUUUGGUGAAGGUUAUCUCUACCCGCCACACUGUUUAUAUGGGUGGAGAAUCCUGAUGACUUGAAAAUUUGCUAAGCAUUGUAUACUUGGUAGAAUUUUAUUUAUGAACUCUUAUCUGUGUACUGCAACUAUGUGUAAAUUUGCUCAUGUAAAGACAGUUGGUUUGGCUUACAGACCGAAAAGUAUGCUGUACUUUGCAAAACAAGUCAUAUUUAAUCCACAUAAUAAAUGGCUCUAAAUGUUUCCUUACCAGUUAUCUGGUGCAAAUAAAACAGACCAAGUUUACUGUCCUGUGACAGUCUCAUUUAAACUUAGGCAGAACCAUUAAAGUUCCAGUGCCUGGCUUGCUAAACAGGUUGCGUAUGGGUUAGAUGGACAGUGUAGUCUUGUUGCAUAGUUUUAAGCUGCUUUUAUAAUAGAGGUUUAAAUACCACAAAGAUGAGAAAGCACCAGGUAUUCUUUCAUGAGUAUACUGCAUGCACCAUGGCAAACGGAGACCUGAAUUUGAUAGCUGGCACAGUAAAAAUGUCUUCUAUAUAAGUAUGUGUGCACCCAUUUUUUUCAGAAUUUUAAAAGAAAGCAGCAUUAUAAAACAAAUUUUUGAACUGGAUAAAUGAAUUUCACUUUAGGUGAAUUAGCCUGGAACUUUAAAAAACAAACAGGAGGACGUACUAAAGAAUUGGUGCAAACCAAUGAAUGUGCACCAGAGUUUGCAUUUCGUUGUUGGGGAUGAUAAUCAAGUGCAAGAACCCCUUUUUUUCCCCUCUGGGACCAAACCUCUGGACCAUCCACUAGCAAAAUUGUUCUCAUAGAAUUUAAAAAUAAAAUGAAUUUCAAAACUGUU